UCAGUGGUUGCAUGCAUGAUUGUUUAUCCGCCAUUUUGUUUUGCUGCUGUACGCGCAGUUUUUAGUGGUGGUAUUUUAAGAUGAAUUUAAGAAUUAAGACGAAUUAAAUCGGCUGACGUUAUUGCUUUACUGAUAUUUUUUUGUGCAUUUACGAAAAAUAUCGUCAUACGGAGAAUGUGAAAUUGGUGUCUUAUGACAGCACCGUGAUGGCAAUCUGUGACAAUUUAUAUCUGACCCAACUUUCUUGACUUUUGAGGCCAAAUGGCGAUUACCAAAUAAAACGGAAAAUUUUCGCUUCAUUCGUCACGAUGUCAGGGCAAAGUGGUGGAUAUCGAGUGUGUUUAACCAAGGUUAAUGAACAAUUGACGUGCAAAUUGUGUAGUGGAUACUUUAUCGACGCCACUACUAUCAUAGAAUGUUUACACUCCUUUUGUAGAAGUUGCAUUGUUAAAUAUUUGGAGAAUAAUAAGUAUUGCCCAAUUUGUGAAGUACAGGUUCACAAAAGUAGGCCAUUGUUAAAUAUACGACCUGAUCAUACAUUGCAGGAUAUUGUAUAUAAAUUGGUACCUGGAUGUUACCAAAAUGAAAUGCGAUGUCGGAGGGAAUUUUAUGCAAAACAUCCAGAAGUACGUAGUCAAGUGACAUCUCCAGAAGCUCGUGGAGAACCUAUAGAAUCACAUAUAUAUUCUCCGGAUGAAUCUCUCAGCUUAUCCUUAGAAUACUUUAAUCCUCUCACAAUCGAUUUAAAUGAAACGAAUGCUGUUAAGGAUAGUAUCGAAAAGCCUUUUGUAAGGCGAUAUCUACGAUGUCCUGCAGCAGUUACUGUAUUUCAUUUACAGAAAUUAAUAAGAGCCAAAUAUGGUCUUAGUGAUGCACAUAGAGUUGACAUAAUGUACAAAGAGGAACCACUAUGCAGUAGUUAUACAUUAAUGGAUGUAAUGUAUAUUUAUCACUGGAGGAGGAAAGUUCCAUUACAUUUAAGCUACAGAAUAUUUGAAUCAUCCUCAAAACGCAUGAAACUGUCGGACGACAAUGCCACGUACAAAACAUCGUUAACAAAUGCUGGCAUUGAUUCUAUAGAUUUAAAAGAUGACAAAUCAUCGAAGCGCGAAUGGAAAGAGGUACAGUUAAAAAUAUCGGAAACUGGUGUGAUGAGCAUAACUGAUAUAUCGAAUACGGUACAUAAAAGAGCUACAGGGAUCGAGAAUUUGCAAAAUGAAAAAGCUGUAGAAGAGACUCUUACUUCCAUAGAAGUAAAAAAGGAAGAUUUAAUAGUUGAAAAUUGUAAUAUAUCUAAAUCUUCUGCAGAAAUACUGCAGCCGACUUUGGUUAUCGAUGCGCAAAUGACGAAUAAUUCAACAAUUCCUGACUUGAGCAAUGCAUUUCUUAUUACGAGUGACGUCAAACCUACAACCGAGAAUUCAUCGAUUAAAAAUUGUAUAUCGUUGAGUACUCAACACAAUGGAAAUACAAGGCAAACAAAUGAAACGGGAAAUAGUGCUGUCUCAACAAAAUUGCAACAAGGUACACAAGAAGUAAAAGAUUCUAAUCAAAUUGCUAAUGUUGAAGACAAAUCAGUUUUAUCAGGACAAAAGACUAUCAGUCAAUCAGCGACACAAUUUAUGGAGAAGAGUGCACUUAUCGCUGAAGAUAAGAAGGGAACGGAUGUAGGUGCGAAAAAAUUGUCGAUAAAUAAUAACAAUAAUAGUACAGAUUUUAAAGUUGGAAAUCCGGGGGAAUCGGUAAAGGAAUGCGCAAAAAACGAAGCAAAAAUGGAAAAUACUGGGUCAAAAAUUGACGCGUUAAGUGUAAAAUUACAAUUUCAACCGAAAUUAGGUCAAAUUAAUAAUACUUAUUCAAAGAAAGCACCAAAGGAGAAACGAACGAUUCCUCAGCAGUGCGGGAAAAAAUCCGACGUAAAAUCAUCAACGGAAGAUACAAAAAUUGCCGUAAAGACACGAACAAAUUGCGGAAAUACAAGUGGUAAAGCAUCGGUAUCAUGUUCCACGGCAAAUCCGCAAAGAUCGAUCGUGUCUGCCGUAACGUCUCAGAAUGCUUCGGUAAUGGAAUCUUCAUCUGGACCCGGCAGACAGGAAGCUCUCUACGAAAAGGAUAAUCAGAGUGCAAAGAUCGAUGUGCAGCAAGCUUUGAAUUUGUUGGAACAGAAAACAAACUCGUCCAUACAAGCAAUGGCAGAAUCUGUUCCGAAAACGAUCAGCAGUACAAGUCCGAAAUGCACACGGAGUAACAGUACAACCGCGACGAAUGAAAAUGUACCUACCAUAUCGAAUAUUUCCACAUCCACGGUUGGUCAUGCGACAUCAACGUUUUCCUACACAUUUCACGAUCUAGUAACUAACUCGACCAGCUUGAAAUCAGCGCUCAAGAAUUCCAACAGCAGCUGCGUGCUCCAAAAAUCAUUGGGCAUGCCACCGAUCAUCUCUUCAACGUCCAACAGUCAAAUAUGCUCUAUGCCUCAGUUUAGCAUACAAACAUCCCCGACGGGCGCAUAUUCCACACCUGUAUCGUUGAAGAAUAACUAUAGCAAUGUGAGUCAAAAUGUAAGCACUGUAAUGACAACAUCGACAGCGACGAUUACGGCGACGGCAAUGUCGAAACCAACGUCGGGGGCGUGUUCGGCGGUGCCUCCGUGUCCGGAUGCGAUUCCUAUAUCUCUGAUGAAGCAAGCGUCUAUGCGCAAGCAGGAAGUGACCGCUAAGGGUACGAACCUGAAUGAAAUUUGUGCGAAAAUCGGCUCUAACACAACUGGCUCAAAGAUCAACGACAUCUGCGCGAAGAUAGGCGAAAAUUCAAAGGAGAAGAACAGGAUAGAGACACGUGGUAAAUCGGAUGUACCGGAUCUGCUCAAGAUAAGCACGAAGAAGUGCUCUGCACCGUCACCGUCUAAUUCGGACACGACAAUCAAGCAUAUACCUAAUAUUCCGAAUGUACCGGUGUACACCCCGAGUAGCAACGCAACAACAACAACAACGAUGGAGAGUAAGUCCACCUUGUCAACGUCAACAUCAGCCGGUGUGCUAGCGGGAUCGAUAUCAACGUCAUCCAUACCGACGUCGUCUCACAUGAGCCAGAAAGCGUCGUCCCUGAGGAAGCACAGUCAACCGAUCGGGUAUAAAACGCUGCGCGAUCCACCGAAAUCUUGGAAUCCUACAUUGUCGAAAAAUAAUUAUGUAGCGGUGAAGAAUCAAGCAAAGGAGAUGCAGAACUCCGCGUCCGAAGGUACGAGCAAACAGAUUCCAUCGAAACCAGCUAAGAUUUUUAAAAUGAGAAACAUGCCGCGAUACCUGGGCAAUCCCGCGUCAGGUGUGAAGCCUAUGUACGGUGUCGCGAACGAUACGAAGGAGAAGGAACAAUCGGCGACCAAGAGCGUUACUCUCAACAUGAUGAAAAUCGAUCCCAAGACGCUAUCACCCAUCGUCUCGACGAUUAAUUCGUCGAUCGUUUCGCCGCCACCCUACUCGCCGAACACCCGAAAUUAUCAAACUCCGUUUCCGCGAGACAUAUGUCGCAACACCGGAUCUCCCAUCUCGCCCAGAAACUCUCCGGUGAAUAUGUUGUCGACUAAUCCGUUCAUACCAUCUCCUACGCCGAAUACGAAUCCUCGGAUCAUAUAUUCUCAUUUCCCUCCUCCCUUUCCAGAUGCUAGCCGAUUCCCGAAUCCUUUGAUACGAUCGCCCAUCGGUAUCCCACCUCCCAGUGCCUUCCACAGUAGUCUACCGCCUUCGAUCAACAAGCUGUAUCAGCGAUCGAGUUACGUACCGCAAACCACUGGUUACUCGCCCGUGUCUAGCCAACCACCGACAGUGCAGAGGAUACCACCCAGCACCCAUUCAUCCUCGCCGAAAUCGCCUAAAGCCUCAUCGCCAAGUUCUAUUUCGUCCAUGUCGUUCAACUUGGCAAAGGCGGACUCGCAGUCGCCGAUUACAUCAACGGUGGACAGCGUCGCACUGCUGCUGUCCAAAAGCGUAUCCAUGCCCGUACCUGUGCAAUCACCGCAACGCGAACUCAAUGCGUUUAACUUGUCUAAGACCGGCAGUUUGACUUCGGGAUCCAACGUCGUCAAGACAUCCGCCGCGGCGGACACGAGUAACAUGGUUGCGGAAACGCAGAUUUCUAAGCAGAGCUUUUCCUCCAUGUCGCUCAAUUCUGCGACCAUCACCAGCACAGAGAUAUCCGAAAAAUCGUCGAGCUCGUCGAGCGGCACUAACGAGCGGAAGCAAUGCAAAGACGCGGAGGUGCAAAAGGCGCAGGAGACUGCGCAAUCGAGAGAGGAAAAUUCGAAGACGAAGCUUACGGAAAUGAGAUGUAACACAGAUAUCGCUGACAACACCGCGACCUCACCUCAUGAUAAGAAGCAAAAGAAUCAAGCAACCAAGAUUAACGGCGACGUUACAACGGAACAGCAUGUAAGUAAGAAAUCUACGGAAGAUAAUAUUAACGAAACAGCAAUGCCGGUAGAGACAACCGAACGAGACAGUCAAGUAGAACGGUCCUCGUCCAGAGAAGAAAAUAGCAAUCCGAAGAGCAACAUUCAAACUAAUGUCAAUAAUUCGCCCGUGAGCGAUUCGAAGAAGGAGGAUCUCGGCAAGACUAACGAGCAGAUACAGGGUAAAAAAUCCGAAGUGCAAAAAAAUAAGGCAGAGACGUAAUUGUAUGAUAUAAAGAUUAAUCGUUUUUAGAUGCGAGUCGCGCAAAUCCUUACUACGCGUAUUGGUAAGCGCUGCAUUUAAUCCGACACAACCUCUCUUAAAUCUGUAGUAUGAACCGCGGCAGAUAAGCUUAUAUAUGGUCGUUAUACUUGAACGAGAAUUCAGGUAUAGAAUCUGAUAUUUGCUGAUACUACUGCCAGUAAUUUUUAACGUCGUUUCCACCUGCACAAUCGCAUAUAUUCCACAUAUACUUCUAUAUUUGAAAAUUGCGCUUAUACUAUCCGCGCGUAGUGGAAAGUGUCACAAGUUGAUUAUAAAGCUGAGCGAUUAAUUUUUACAAUAUAUCUACUGUGUAAGAAGCAAAAAGCAGUUACGGCCAUUGUUAAAAUGUUCCAUGGCAUGUUAGGAAUCUGUAUAUUUCUGUAAAUAGCAAUUGCGAAAGAUGGAAUUAUUUUCUAUUUUAAAUGAGUUAUUAUAUAUUGUGUUGAGCACAUUACUUUAUAAACAUAUGUUGACGAUAAUUAUGAGACCAUCUAAAUUCUCAUGUAUAUAACAUUAAUAUUGCUGCAAUGAGUCUCUCACUGUUAAUAUAGAUGCAUACAUACAUACCUAUAUAAAUGUAUACUACCGCUAAAAAGUUUACAGAGAGCUCAUCAUCACAAUUUUUAAAUCGAUUUAUCUCUUUUUUUACAGAUACAUUUACAUUAAACUUCUUAAUCUUGACGAUUACUUUUUGCCUAUCACUGUUUCGACAUUAUAUCAGAUCAUUGUGCAAAUCUUAGAUUGUUCCUUCUGUGCAAAGAGAAUUUUAUUUUCUAAUAUUAAACAGAUAUAUAUUCUUUUAUUAUUAUUUUAAUUUUAAGAUUUAUCCAAAUAGUGUACGUUCAUAAAUAGGGAUCGAUGUUUUUACUAGAGUAUCUGGUUAUAUUUAAAAAUUAUUAAGUUCGGAGAACUUUUGAGCGAUAGUAUACAUAAUAUAUCUUAUUUUUAUCGUAUAACAAACUGAUUUUUGCUUGACGAUAGUUUGAUCAUCGUUACAAUUUUAUAAUACUUACCAUUCAGAUAAUGAUUAAAUUGCAUAAAAAUCAUUUUAUCAUAUGAUUGCUAGUGGUAAAUAUUAUAAAAUUGUUAAAAAAUAUAAUAAAAAAUAAAUAAGGUAAAUAUCCCAGCGGUCCAGACAUGUCUCUAUUGAUAUAUAUAUUACUACCAAUUGUAUAUAUUAACAAAAUAUUAUUUAAUAUUUAUAAAUGUAAAAUCCAAAAUAAUUCUUAACCAAAUGACUUAAGAAACUUAUUUUUUUCGCAUUAACAACCACAGUUGGUUCUUGAUGCCUAAUUCUUUAUAUAUGAUUUGGAAAAAAUAAUAUUUUCGUUAAUAAUAAUAAACUCUCAAAUGUCCGGUCACUCUGGCACAUUUAUCUUAUAAUAAUAUAAAAUGCUAAACUAUCUACACACAAAUUCGAUGGAGACAGGAAAAAGUAAUAUGUUUCAAGUGAAACAGCGUUUAUGUCAUAUCUAUCUUAAACUUAAAAUCUAUCUUUCGUUACACAUGUAUUACGCAUUGUAAUAUUGAUGCAUAUAUUUUUCGCGGAUAUGGGUUAUAUAUAAGAGUGGCGAAAACGAUAACUUCGGGAAAAAAUUUUAAGUUAUAUAUUUAAAUCUACUGUAUGAUUUGCAUCUCUCAGUACACUGCAUGUACUGUUGAAUUUGUUAAUAUCAUAAUGUAUAACGCGUUAUAUCAUCUUAAUAACAUAUGCGUUCUUCGCAUAUAAAAUAAAUGGAAGUUAUUCGUUA